GAAGAAGAUCUUUCAGAGCAAUUACGGGAGUUCUCGCUUUCAAAUAAAGAAGCUACUUUCAUUGAUAUUGCUCAAACGGAUAUCAAACUAAGUGCAGAGGAAUGCAGUAGAAGCCUCUUUGGUAAAAUAGUGGGUGACAGAGCGGCGAGCUGGAUCGGGGUUAAACGCACAAUGACUAACAUCUGGAGGCUCCAUCAAGGUAUGGAAAUCAAAGAAUUGAGCCCGAAUUACUUUCAAUUCAUAUUUCAAAGUAGAGAGGAUAAACAGAAGGUAGCGAACGGAAUUAACUGGAGCUUCGAAAAUCAAUAUCUUGUUCUGAAGGAAUGGAGGCAUGGAAUAUCAAGUAAGCAUUCUUGCUUUCAAGAACUCAACAUUUGGGUUCAAGUUACAAAUACUCCUAUUAAUUGGCUGAGUACAGAAGUAGGGCUUAAAAUUGGCAAAGUCUUCAAGAAUGUGAAGAAUGUUGUAUUGGCUAAUUCUGGGAACCAUGGAGGUAAAUAUCUCAGGCUGUUGGUCACAUUAAAUCUCGAUGAACCCCUUCCUAGGAUUGCAAAUAUAAGGUUAGGGGAUCAAACAGCACAGGUUGGGUUUAAGUAUGAGAAGCUGCAAAAUCUUUGCCAUUAUUGCGGUAUGAUUGGGCACUUGGACAGAAGUUGUGCCAAAAGGAUCUCAGAUAUUAAUAAUAAUGCUCUAAAAGAAGGUCAAUAUGGAGACUUCAUGAAGGCAACAGAAGGGCAGAAAUGGUCUGAUAAUGCCAAUUCAGGAUCUAGAGGCACCCCUUAUUCAGAAUCUCCUGCGAGAAACAACAGCAUGCCUUCUCCACAUACCUCUUCUCAACAGGCUGAAUCUAGUCAGCAAAUCAUACCUAUAUCAGAAUUUUCACCAGCAAAUAGUAAAGGAAAAGAGCAAGAUUCAGUAGCCUCGGCUUCUCAUUCAUCAAGGCCUAAGAGUCAACUGGUUGAGUCAUCACUGCAGAUUGUUGAAUCAAGCAAAAUUAUGGAGAUUGAGCCAACCUCUUGCACCACAGAACCUGUGCUCACUAUUGGUGACAAUUUGAUAAGCAAUACUUCUCAUCCUUUGAAGACCUGGAGAAGGGACAGAAGUAGGGAUGGCAGACUUCUGAGAGAGUCACCUAUCUCAAUUGUGACAGAGCAGGAAUCAAAAGGAAAAAGAACAAGAGCUUCAGAGGAAGAAGAAUCUAAUUCUCAACAGCAACUCAUAAUUU